AAAAAAAAAAAACGAAGCCAUGGAAUUGGAAAACAAAGAAGAAGAUUUCACAUUGGUUAUUGAUGAAGAAGAAGAAGAAGAGGAAUCUAGUUCUUCCUGCGCUUCUUCUCAAUUUAAGCUCUGCAGAAUUUGCCAUGAAGAAGAGGAGGAGAGCUCAGCAGGCAUGGAAUCCCCCUGCGCUUGCUCUGGCUCCCUAAAGUUUGCUCACAGAGGAUGCAUACAAAGAUGGUGUAAUGAGAGAGGAAGCUCAGUUUGUGAGAUUUGUCUCCAGAAGUUUGAACCAGGCUACACUGUUCCCCCAAAGUUAGCUUUGCUAGACAUUGAUGUAACCAUCAGAGGAAGUUUGGAGGCCACCAGUUUGAACUAUGAAUCUGAAAACACAGAGCUCAUUGCUGAGGAGUCGGAUACCGAGUACCCUGAGUGCUCACCUCCAUCCGAUAGAACUACAACAUUUAGAUCAUUAGCUCUAAUUUUCAUGGUGCUACUACUGUGUAAACAUCUUAUCGACGUGAUAAUGACUGGAGAAGGACAUUAUCCUUUUGCACUUAUCACUGUUAUUUUUCUAAGGGCAGUUGGAAUUCUGUUGCCGUUAUAUUUGAUAUUGAGAAUUAUAUCAGCCAUCCAAAAGAGGCAAUGGCAGCAUCAGCGUCGUCUUCAGAUUAAUAGAAGAGAUGCUUCAUCAGUGACUCGGAGAGUUGAAGAUGAAGCAUUGCAACAACACAGGAUUCAAAUUCAACCAUGACCAGCUUCAUGUUAAUAGACACAGGAAAAAUUGUAAAUUUGAUUUAUAUAAUUUUUAUAUUUUUUUAAUGAUGAAAUGUAUCUUUCUUAUCCAAAAGAUAAGUCAAUGACAAUACGUGCAGUCCCCUUUUUAGAGUAAUUUGUAAA